GAUUAGUGGCUGGGAAGGCUGAAAAGCGAGGACAGGAGGAAGUGGCGAUCUGCACCCAUCCAGGACGAGGUGAAGGAGCGCAAGGAAGCGGAAAUCAGAGCUGUUUUGCAAUGGCGAAUAAGCCUUUGGGAUCGACUGGAGAGUUCUUCAGGAGGACAGACGAGUGGAGGAAGCAUCCGAUGCUCACCAAUCAGUUCCGACAUGCCACUCCUGGCCUCGGCAUCGCCCUCGUUGCUUUCGGCAUCUACCUUGUCGGCGAGCAAGUAUAUAACAGGAUCCAUUCUCCUUCUUCCUCUCACCAUCACCAUGCUGAUGCUUCCUCCGCCACCCAUUAACUGUUACCGAUGCUUCCUGCUACUGAAUCUCAGCUUGGAGUACUACAACACUCUUUCCCUUUUACCCUAUUUAUGUGCAAUAAAAGUUCCUUACUGGACAAAGCACUUGAUGAAGAUUGUAAAUGUAUUCGAUGAGUUUGGGAUUGAAAUUUGCAUCAAGACUGAAAUUUUUUAAGUUUAUAAUCUAGUGGUUCUAGCAAUUAAUUUUGCACAUAGAUAGUAAUAAGAUUUUUUGGUAAUGAUUUUGUUUAUCAUGGCUCCUUGAAUGAUCUCUUAACCCAUAUUGUUCUCCUAGCAAAUGUGUAGCAAAAUGAUGAACAUAAUUGAAAAUUA